AUGCUGCUAUGUAGCUUACCAAACGAAUUAAUUCUUUUAAUUGCGAACCACUUGGAAUCAGAGGGAGAUAUUGAUGCUUUUGUCCAAACAAACCAGCACAUUCACACUCUCCUCGAUGACUAUCUUUAUCAACAUAAUGUCCAACAACUUGGAAGCUCUGCAUUACUAUGGGCAGCGGAAUACGGGCGAGAAACAACGACAGAAAAACUGCUAAGAGCGGGCGCUGAUGUUCAAACACAAACAGACCUCGGUGACACACCAUUGUGCAUGGCUGCUAAAAAUGGAUGUCUGGCAGUGACCAAGCUACUGCUUGAGAAUGGUGCCACUCCAUAUUCAAAGAACAGGCAUGGUGAAACACCAUUGUUGCUAGCAGCAGCGUAUGGGCACAGGACAAUAUUCAAGCUACUACUCUCCAAUAAUUACCACGAUCUUGAUGUGAAGGACAGGCGCGGCCAGACGGCUUUAUCGCGGCUCUCAGAACUGGGGUGUGAGGUGGGGGUUGAGUUAUUUCUCGGUAUCGAGGGGGUCGACCCAGAUUCCAGGAACAAUUUUGACGCGACGCCGCUGUCAUAUGCUGCAUUCAAGGGCCAUGUGGGAGUAGCGAAACUUCUGCUUUCUAAAACUAAGUACCCCGACAUGAAAGACUCUAAGGGUCGAACACCCCUGUUUUGGGCAGCACGUCAAGGUCAUGCGGCAUUAGUAAGACAAUUGCUUGCAGCAGGUGUUGACCCGGACCCCAAGGAUAACAAUGACCAAACACCACUAUCGGCGGCUGCCGAAUGGGGACAUGUGCUGGUAAUCCGAGAACUACUCAAAUCCGAUGGUGUUAACCUGAACACUGAAAACUCUAUCGGCCAAACCCCACUGUUUGUCGCGGCUGAGAGUGGUCGGUAUGAGGUAGUUAAGGUUUUACUUGAGACGGGUGACAUAAAUCUAAACUCCAAGGAUAGUUCAGGCGCAACACCACUCUCUAUAGCUGCAUUUCGGGGACAUGAAACUGUAGUAAAACUACUCCUUGCGAAGAGUGGUGUGGACCAGGACUCCAAGACCAUUAAUGGUCAAACAGCUCUGUCGAGGGCCGCAUACAGAGGAAAUCAUGCAAUAGUGAAACUACUGCUUGAAAAAGGAGGAGUCGACUUAGAUUGCAAGGAUGACUUUGGCCAAACACCACUUAGCAUAGCCGCAUCUCAAGGACACCAAGCUGUGGUGAAGCUGCUUCUCCAGAAGGGCUGUAUGGGGCCAGACCCCACAGAUAACAAAUAUUGCUCGAUACCAUUAUUAAAUGCUGCUGCAGCCGGACAUGAAGCGGUAACUAAGCUACUGCUUGCCACUGCCAAAGUCGAUGUGAACUUAAGGGAUAAAAACGGUUGGACGCCUCUGCUAAUGGCUGCAAUUAACGGAGACCUAGAGAUUACCAAGCUCCUAGUUGUAACAAGGGGCAUACUCUUAGAUCCUAAAGAUGAUUUCGGUCGAACGCCGCUCUCAUGGGCUGCUGGAGAGGGGUAUGACUUAAUAGUAAAAGAGCUACUAGCAGCAUGCAGCUUUGAAUAA